AUGGAUGGACUUUUAACAGAGGUCAAAACUGUUAAGCGGGAUUCAGACCCCUUCAUCACGCCUGCUGCUGCUGUUUCGGAAGACUCAACAAAACAUGACCUAGAUCUCGACCACUUAUCAUCUCGUCACAUUAUAGAUCUACUCAAGUCGAACCCUGAUCGAGAACAAUUAUCUGCCAUCUUGACAUUUAUCGAUCCUUUCAGCAAAACCAAAGCUGACAGGGACUUUGAUCUCCGACUUGCAAGCCCCAUCACAGCUCAGAUUCUCCAAUUGUUAGUCAGCACCACGAUUCCAACCCAUUGGGGAUUGCUGGAUUCCAAACAGAGCAAAGGAAAGGAUCUGAAGUCCCGAGCAGCGCUGUUGAGAUGUCUGAGCAGUGUCGCUGGUAUUGGCUCCCUGGUCGCUCAGCUACGCACGUUGAUCAGCGCCGCGCGUGCCUCUGCCCAUCAAGCCCAAGGGUCAAGUAGUCAGCUCGGAAUUCAAGAAGUUUUGGCUGUACUAGCCGCUUUGACAGAACCGAAGGAUUUCAUUCUUAGGCUUUAUUCCGACAUAUCGAAAAUCUCUGACAACAACACCCGACAGCAAGUUGCGUGGAGGGAACUCGUGUCCCUUGUUGCUGCCGGUAAAAUUCUAUCCACGGCAGCUGAGGCUCUGACUGUUCUAGAUGCAUCUUCGGUGUCUCCAAGCCAUUGGAUCGCAACUGGGCCUCAAUAUGCGGUGUGGAUUGGGCGCAAUGUCGCCCACAUGGCACUCAAGCUCAAUCAGGAGGACACAACCGGCUGGUCGUCCCUUGCUCUUCUUGUGGGCAGAUCUUUGAGUCUUGGUUAUACUGAUCAAUUCGUCAAGGAAGUCUACGCGAGUCUACUCCUUGAGCACUCUUCACCCGAACCCUUUACCUUGCUACAAGAUCAACUCAAACCAAUCGAACAAACCGCGUUCCUCGAAGCAAUCUUCCGUGAUAUUCAACGAAGGCACUUUGCAGACGACCUGUCCGGCUCGGUGAAUCAGCCUUUAGCUUCAUCAGAGUCUAUCGGGGCUGUAGCAGCUUUGUGCUCCGUGGUCAUCCCUAGUCGGUCUCAUCUGGAGAAUCUGGUCAUUGAAUGGCUUUCGAAGUCACAGGGUGGCUCUAUCACCACAUUAGGACUGCGUCGUGCUCUUCUGGUCACUUAUAGUGAUCGCAGCGAUGUGUUGAGCUCCGUGCUUCAUCGCAGCUUGGAACAAUUUGGAGAUAGGUUCUCUAUCAAACACGUCCCAAACGUGGUUCAGAAUGCAAAUGCACAAAUCAUCCUUCUUGCUGCCGGGCACCUUCAGCGAUCAGAUAAAUCGCAGGUCCAAGAUGCAGGCCGGUCAAGUGCAUAUUUGAACGCAGUGUCUAAUCGACUAGCUGCGUCCUCGAACAGGGCUCGAUUCCUUGGCAUGGUCGUUGGAACUGGAAUCUCUGCGCUUGUUGAACAGCCUGACAAGGUGCUUAAGUUUGAUCUUGAUGAAAUGAAAAGCGAGGAAGCCCAGUGGUAUCUGAAUUUGACCAAUGUUCACGACCAGCUCGGCUCUCCCGGCUCUAUCAAAACAUUGCAGGUCGUCCAACCGGCAAGGCCAGAGACAAUUCAACCCAAGCCCGUGCCUAAAGCAAAAGCACAUGCCCAGCGCCAGGAAACCAGCAAAAUUGUUGCGAUCGAGGAAAUAGAGGACAGUGAGGAAGACAACGACGAUGACGACGAUGAUCUCAUCCCAUAUGAGAAGCCAGAUGACGACGCGUAUGAUUCUGAUGACGAUCCCACGUUGAUCCAACGGAAUAAACCAGUAGCACCAGUAUACAUACGCGAUCUGAUUCCAGCCCUCAGAGACACCGAAAAUGUUGAACGACACCACCUUGCUAUAACCACAGCCCCAUCUUUGAUCCGAAGGAAAAUAGGCUUCGGAACUGAGCUUGCCGAACAGAUCGAAGAACUAGCAUUGACGAUCGUUGGUCUUCAAAAUGAAAAUGAUCAUCCGACGUUCCACGAGUCUCGUUUGCAGAGCAUGAUUGCACUGAUCGUAUCCCAGCCCUUCAAAAUGGCGCGCUGGUUCACUGCCAUAUACUUUGAUGGCGAUAUAUCUCAAGUGCAAAGAUCUGCUGUUUUAACGGCGCUUGGUCUGAGUGCCCGUGAAAUAGCUGGCAAUGGGGAAGAUGAUUCCAAAGCACUUCGUCUCCCGACCACUGGCGACACAUCAUUCCCAUCAAAACGUCUUUCCCCUUCUUUAGAAACUGUUUAUUCUGGAGCCGACGAAUCUCCUAUUGCAACGCUCACUCGCGAAAUGUCCCGCGCAUCGUUGCAGCCACUAGCAGCAAACGCGGCAGAUGCAAUGACAGGACCUAAUGCUCUCAAAGUGCGCACUUUCUCAUCACGCAUGGAAGUGGAAAAGAAACGCCAGCAGCGUGAUACCCAGCGUCAGAAGUCCACAAUAAAGGAUCUACACAAGGUGCUGGCCGAAGGCUUCUUCUUCCCAAUGCAGGGCCGGUUCGAAAUCAUGAUGCUGCAAAUCGCAUCAUCGUCUUCCUCCUCAUACAAUCCAUUCUUCAUUCCGCAUCUCCUCACUCUGUUCCUCCAAACCCUUUCUCUCAUUCUCUCUACCACAGGCCCAAGCACCCCCUUCCUGCCUGGUCUCACCCACGAAGCCAUUUCCCUUCUCCUUUCACUGCAUACAGCCUCUACAUCCAGUGAGCCAACGGUAACCGCCGCUCUGUUGUCUCUGUUCCUUGUUGUGGUAGAUCUCAACAUCGCAUCUGGCUCAAACGGCGAAGAACGAUUAGUCACUGAGUAUGCGACCCAGGUAAUCGAGUUGCGUGAGUGGGCUUCUCAGGUGUUUGAUCGGACGCCACCAUCUGCUGCACGGGCCGAUCCAAGCUCUGCUGUUAGUGAUCCACAGGAGCAGAUACGUACACUCGCUGCUGGUGUCAUGGUACGGCUUGGUGAGGUGAUGGAGCGGUACCAAGGCCGAUUAAUGGGUGUGCACUCUGGUUUCAGCUAUUAG